GAAGAGAAGAGAAUCAUAAGAUGUCAGCAAACUCAUCAUUCUCUACUUUGGAUCUGCACCUUUCCUCCAUGAACACCUCCCUCCCUCUAUACAUGCACUGUCUCAUCUCUAAACCAAGCUCCCUCAUCUAUCGUGCAUUUAGCAUCAUUAUCAUCUUCCUCGUCCUCCCUGUCUGCAUCCUCAUCCUCCAACAUGGUCUCCAAGAAUGGAGAAAAAAAGGCUCCACCUUUAUGGAAGUAACUCUGAGUCACUCUGACUGCUUCACCUACAACAUCGUCAUCAUGGACCUUUUUGCUGUCUUAGCGUGUGUCGUCACUUAUUGUGGUAGCAUCAUGAAUAAUUUGAACAUAUUAAUCUAUCCGUUCAUUUUUUUCUCUUUCGCCUGCUUUGGACAGAUCUUCUUUCACAUGCUGACUUGUGUGGAGCACUACAUGGCUGCUGUUCAUCCCAUCACUUAUCGGAGCUUAAGGAAAGGAAGAGGGGUCAGAAUAAGGAUAAUCAGCAUAGGCUGUGUUUGGCUGCUUUGCUUUGCAUUAACAGGUUUUAUAACAAUAAAAGAUAUCAUCCUCGCCAUUGUGAAUUUUUUCCUCAUGAUAUUGUUUUUGACCAUCUCCUCCUUCUGCAGCCUUUCUGUUCUCUGUGUUUUAAUUCAUCCAGGCCCAGGAGAAGAGAGCAGGAACAGGGACAGGGUUGACCAAUCAAAGAAGAGGGCAUUUUACACCAUUGUGACCAUACUGGGAAUGCUGGUGUUGAAGUUUGUUUGGGAUCUGUAUUGGUCUGUAGUGUAUAUUACAGGAGCACAUCUUGGAUGUGUUUUAAUGUCAUCAGGAGCCUGGUUUAAUCUUCCCAGCAGCCUCUUGUUGCCGCUCUUUUUACUACACAGAACGGGUAAAUUUGGGUGUUGCAAGAACAACACACAAAGAGAUUAAAGAGCACAUGUGUUAGGGUACAUUAAGAGAACAAAUUGAUCAUCAUUUUUCAUUCUGAGAAAAAAUUUGAAAUUUUGAGAAUAGUUGAAAACUGUUGUUGUUUCAACACAAACUGCGUAUACCCUCUACAAAAUACCUUGUGUAGAUGACUUAGUGAAAAAAUCGGCCAUCUUGCGAUAAAGUAUGCAUCCUCUUUACUGCUUGAGGGUGUAACCGUCAAUAAGUUUGUAUCUGUCCGUUACAAGUCAUUUCACUUCCUACAAAUCCACUCUUAAUUCUUGUGGUGUUGACUUUUUGUGAUAUUGUUAGAUUGUGAAUUUCCUAUUUUUAAAUUUUACUGUUGUAAGGAUCAGUUUUGUGCCUUCCUCUUUUUUGUGUUAGUGUAUCUUUGCUUUCCUGGUUUAUUUUGGUAAUUUCUUUUAUUCUCUGUCUUUACAGUCCUCGUAUUACCCCUAUUGUCUUCACCUGCUGUGCCCUAUUCCCUGUGUUUGAUUAGGAUACACAAAACAUUUCCUGUAUAUGACUAUAAUUGUAAUAAAAUGAUAAAAUAUUAGUGCGGAAGAAAUAUCAGAUUUCUUUUAGAAGCUAACUUGAAAAACUUUAAAAAAAGAACCCAGCAGUGGCUGUUUUACCAUAUUAGUGCUUGGUCAUAGGGGGUCAACUGUAUUUACAGUAUAAUAUAAAGUGCCAUGAGGUAAAUGUUGUUGUGAUUUGGUACUAUAUGAAUAAAAUUGAAUUGAAUUAAAUAUAAUUGAAUAAUGUGAUAAAAGUUAUCACUUGUGUGUUCAAUAGUAAAUAAAUAAGUAAAGAAAUAAUAAAAUUCAGCAUGGAAAAUCUCUACUCUGUAUUUAUAAUUAAUGACUGUAUUCUGUGUAUUCAGCCAAGCUGAUGCUCUGUAUAUGCAUGUUUGUAUUUAUAUUGAUUAAAGUUUAUGUUACAGUUAAUCAGUGAUCAAGAUUUUUAUGCAAGUAUUUAUUUUUGUUUGUCAGUUUGACAUUUGCACA